AUUGGGUUGACGUCCAUCGACCACCCACCGGAUGCUGCGUGCGUCUCAAUCGUCGCUCCGGUCGCUGCUCUUCCGCCCCCACCGCUUCAGCACCGUCACCCUCGAAGCUCCAGCAGCAGCAGGCGAGAUGAACGUGACUCGCCACAACUUCGCCAAGCACUUUAAAGACCUUCAGAAGGAUCUACAGCUGCCCACUUGCCGCUUCAUAGCCAUUGACACGGAGUUCACAGGUCUGUCGCCCAAUGAGUUUGAGCGCGAACAAUACCUAGACACACUAGAGGAGCGCUACCACAAGGUGAAGCGCGCGGGCGAGAGCUUCCUCAUCACGCAGUUCGGGCUCUCCACCGUGCACGUGGAUCAGAAGGAUCAGUUCCACAUCAAGACGUGGAACUUUUACGUAUUCCCGAGACCUUAUGGCUCACUGGACGAGCGCUUCUUGUGCCAGGCCUCAAGCUUACAGUUUCUAUCGGAGCAUGGCUUCGACUUCAACAAGUUCAUUGGAGACGGCAUCCCAUUCGUCAAUCUGUCCAAGACUCCAGCUAUGAAGAAGCGUCUGCAGCGCCGUAUCGAUGGACUGACUAAAGUGAACAAGAACUUGCAGCUUUCUGACGACGGUGUGGCCUUCCAAAAUGAAGUCAAGCAGCAGUUGGACGAGUGGAUCGCUGGAGGAGCCAAGAAGGGUCAGAAAUUGCUCGUGCCCACGAGGAACUCGUUCUACUCGAUGAUCGUACACGAGACUGCGCGUGCCAAGGCCAGUUAUCUGUACACAGAGUCCGCGGAAGGUGGUGUGGAAGUGUCAUAUGUGUCAAAGAAGAUCAAAGAGGAAUUGAUCGCUGCCAAGGUGAAGGAGAUGAAGAAAGAGAUGGAGGACGCGAUCGGCUUCUCCAAGGUGAUCGAGACGUUGAGUGAGAGCAAACUGCCCGUUGUUGGACACAACGCGCUGCUGGACUUUGUGUACGUCUUCCACCAGUUUUACAAACCCCUCCCAGAGACUCUGGCGGAGUUCAAAACGCAGCUUCUGGAGCUCUUCCCGACCAUCUACGACACGAAACAUGUUACGCUCCGUUCUCCUCUUGGCGAGAAGCUGAAGUCAACGGGUCUGUCGUCGUUGUUCGAGUACAUGCGCGAGAAUGUCAAGCCUGAGCCUGAAAGUCUGAUUCCCAGCGAUGAGCGCUUCGAUACUUACCGUGAGGCUCUAAAGGCGGAAGCUGACGGCAACGAGAGCUUGCUGUGUCACGAGGCUGGCUUCGAUGCGUUCAUGACUGCCGUGUGCUUCCUUGGUCUCUUAGCCCACGACGCCAAGGGUGAAUUACCUGACCAACUCGUACCUAAGGAAGGCAGCUCUGCUCGCCUGAAAGUGCGCCUGGAAGAGCUCGAGAGCUUCAAGAACCAGCUGAACUUGAUGGUAUCGGACCAGAGCUUCCUUGACCUUGGCAACGUUGACCAGACGAUCGAUCGCACUCGUGUGUACCGUGUGACCAGCACUACGAAGCGACGGAUCCAGCAUGUGCGCAUGGAAGACGUGUUCCAGUCUUCUAAGGUGCAGCGUGUCGUGCGUGAAAGCGAUCAAGACGCGUUCGUGGUGCUCACGGAGCCUGCUGCAGUGAACAACGAGGUGAAGACUGAACUGGGCUUGAACAUCACCACGUACGACGAACAUGUAGCUGCUGAGGCUGAGAAGGCUCGUCAGGAGAAGGAGGAGGCUGACCAGAAGAUCUUCGAGAAAAUCUCAGCUGCCCGUGGUUCAACAGGUGGUGAGACCAAGGAGGAGGCAUCCACGUGGAGUAGCUGCACCAUUUCGUAGACGUAGCUAGAGAGGGAGUUUUGUCUGACCCAAUAAGAUACUUAUAGUAUGCUUGAUUCGUUGACGAAAGUGGGUUUCGUGAAUGAAAUCAUAGGAAGUACAAGUACUUAGUCCCAAUCAAGAAGUAGGACGUGGUUGCUGACAAGUUAUCAGUGAUAACUAACUUUUUGCUUAUCACUGACAUGCGA